AAUGACUUUUAGGCAGAUGGAAGGGGCGUGGGCGGAUAUGUUGAAAUCCCCGUAGGGCGGGAGAUCACUGGGCAGGGCGGCCAUGUUACACCCGGGGACUGGACUGAGCCUGGUGGCGGGGUUCUGGCUGCUCGUGGACGUGGCCUUCCUGUUGGCGCUGUUCAUACAUGUGCUUGGGGAUUGCAGCCGCCGCGGCUCCGGUCUGUGCGGUUUAUUCCAGGAUCUCAUCCGCUAUGGGAAGACUAAGCUGGGCGGGCGAGCUGCCUGGCUGCGCUGGUUCGAUCUCCCCAAGAGGUGGUUUUGGCAUUUCUAUUUUUUGUCUGUGAUCUGGAAUGGAGCAUUGCUGGGACUCCUUGUGCGCUCAUUGCUGCUAGGUGUCCAGCUACCACAAUGGAUUCAACUUUUACUUAACUUUUUCCACAAGGACCCUGAACAGAAGAUAUCCAAUGGAGAGCUCUCUACCCUUAUGGCCCUGUCCUUGCUGUGGAUACACAGUCUUAAACGCUUGUUUGAGUGUUUCUAUGUGAGUGUCUACUCCAGUGGAGUCAUCCAUCUUGCCCAUUAUUGUCUUGGAAUCGGCUUCUACUUUCUCCUUGGGAUAACUGUACUUGAUCACGCACAUCUGGAUUAUAAGGGGGUCGCUGUUACAGAACUCUUACUGCAGCUUCACUGGUACCACAUCUUUGGAUGUCUGCUUUUUAUUUGGGCGUCAUUGCAUCAGCACAGAUGUCAUGUGAUUCUCGCCAAUCUCAGGAAGGAUACAUCUGGUAAAAUUGUAACCAUGAACCAUGUGAUGCCAACUGGAGACUGGUUUGAGAGAGUAUCCUGCCCGCACUAUUUUGCCGAGCUGUUGAUUUACAUUUCUAUCGCAUUCCUCUUUGGACUAACACAUAUGACCUGGUGGCUAUUGGUUUUAUUCGUAUUAUUUAACCAGUCUUUGGCUGCUAUUUUAUGCCAUGAGUUUUAUCAUCAGAAAUUUGAUUCAUACCCUGCUCACAGAAAAGCAUUUAUACCAUUUGUGUUUUAGGGACCACUGGAUUAGGUUUAUAUAGGUACAUCUAAGGGGUUUUCUGGCCUUUACCAUCAGUGCCAAUAUAGGGAAAUAUCCAUUACCUCUUGAAGGGGUAUCCACAGGAUAGGGGAUAAGCAUCUGAUUGUGGGGGGUCCGAUUGCUGUAAUGCUCAGCAAUCUCCAGAACAUGACUUCAGCACUCAGAGCACGUGCUGUAAACGGCGCACACCCUAUUAAUUUUCUAUUGGUGUGCCAUAAAUGCUGUGGGAGUGCUGUGUUCAGGCAACUCCGGCACUCCAAUACAAAAUAAUGCAGAACAGUCAUCUACAGCACACGCUCUCUCUGAAAUCCGGGGUGCCGUUCUGGAGACCGGGGGGGGGGGGUUCCAGCAGUUGGAGUCGGACCACCCACGAUCAGAUACUUAGUGAUAUAUUUUGGCACAGAAUUUAUUUUUAUUUUUUUCACUUCUUCUAUCAACAUACCUGUAUGAAGGUUUUUUUUUUUUUUUUGCAGAAGGACCUGUAUAUUUUUUUAUGGCAUCAUUCUGGGGUACAAAAAAAUAUGUAAAAAAAUGUUAUGACGUUUGUUAGCGAGCAUGAGAACACAAACAGCAAUUCUGCAAUUUUUGAGGCUAUAUUCCUUUAUUUUUGGGGGUUUUAUUUGUAUUUUGUGGACCAUGUGGUGUGCAUAACAUAUUAAUUCCGCCUGCCAGUAUAAAUAGGAUGGUACCAAUAAAAUGUCAUUUUUUCAGGACAAGUCUUCAACGUGUAUGUAUGACAUAUGAUGGAUGCCAUUUAGUCCAAUAGUAAAAGGACGUAUACAUCACGGUAUACAUUUUUGGACUGUAUCCAGUUCAAUGGACCAGCAGGGAGGUUUGCAUUCUGCACCACAUAUAUCCCAAUUUUGUCAUUUUGGCCUCUGUCGAGUAUAUGGAGGUCUAUGGAUCAAUUUAUCAUAUGUGUCAAAACUUGAGAUCACAUCAGGUUUUACUUCGGAGACCCGCUGUGAUCACGAGUUACCGCCAGGACUUCGGAGACCCGCUGUGAUCACGAGUUACAGCCAGGACAAGUGCGCUCCACUCCCUGCCCAGCCAGCAGAUCCCAUGUUUUCUUUUUACAGCAGAGACUUAUGCAGAUAAAAGUUCAGAUUUAAUUGACAGCCAGGGAACGAGAUGUCACCAGCUUAUAACUCACAAUCUCAGCAGGUCUCAGGAGUGAGACCCGGAGUGAUCUCAAUUUUUGACAUGUCCGUGCAACAUGCCAAGUUGUUAUAAAUGACAGUAACCCUCUAAGUGCAGCCUGCUGUGCACUGCUUAACUCCUUGUGAAACUAACCUUAGUCAAUUGUUUUUGUAUUCUUAUUCUGAGAGCAAUCGGUUUAUUAUUCACUAUUAAUAGAGCUGCUUGUGUUUUUAAUUUUUUCAAAUUUUUUUUUUUGGGACGAGUUUACAUUCUCAUUGUUACUAUUUUAGGGUAGAUAUCAUAACUAUUCGAUUACUUCUUAUUCCCUUU